AUUUCUUUCUUAGCUUAUUUGCUUUAAAGAGCAGACAAAAUGAAAACCUUGGUCAUCUUUGCUGCUCUCCUUGGAACUCUGCUUGCUGAUGAUAAUGUAGGCGUGAAUAAUUCGGGGAAUGAUGGUGGCAAUGUGCAUCAGAAUGUGAACAUUAACAACCAGGACAGGGUAGCCAACAUCAACAAUCUGAAUGGCUGGAACUCCUGGGAUUCCGUCUGUGAUUAUGGACAGGGUGUUGUUGCAACAAGGCUUUAUGGGAAGAAAGUGUGCGUAGUGGCUAAGAUGGAAAACACCAAGUUCCCGAGUUUGGAAGUAAUUGGAGCAACAUACCAACAAAGCCCGCUUAAUGCUCCUCCAAGCCGCUUCAAGUAUACCCUUAAGAACCAGGUUCCCAUUGCCAACAUUGGUAUAUAUGGUGUGCAUGUAGAAGCCCUAUGCCGUGGAAUUCCAACAUACACUACCGAACCAAUCCAAGUGGAUGAGUUUCACAUAUGCGAAGCAAACAGUAUCAUCACCAUUGGAGGCAUCAGCUUCUGCUUCUAAGCCCCCACCCCCACCACUUACAUAAAGUUUUUCCAUCACUUAAUGCAUAUCGUUUCAAAACUAAUUUCUGUACUUUCUUUUUUUUACUGCAAAUAAAGCAUUUAUAUGAAACACA